CUGACCUGCUGGCCAACAAUAAGCACCAUCACUGCUCUGUUGACGUAGUGACCUACAUUCAUGCUGUACAAUACCCUUGAGUUGUAAAAGCGACGGCUGCUUGCCUGUCUUUAUUUCACCAACAAAUAGUGCAAUGUCUCACUGUCUGCUAUAGGGGCUGUCAGGUAGAUAGCAGAACAAACCCACAGAGUGCCUGGACGGUGAUGGAGGUCAAAUUGGACUGCCUUGGCCGCAAAGUGGACAAGCUCUUACAAGGGCAAGAGAAGCUGCUAAGAGACCCUGGGGAGCCUCGAGCCCAAGGGGAAGCAGCGAUCUGUGAUUUUGUUGAGGCAUCAUCUCGGGGGACGGGGCAGUGUGAGUGCAAGCUGCUGUGCCAGGAUUUGGCCACGAUGUCCUCCACCAUAGCGUCUACUUAUGAGCAGCAGAACCAGCGUCUGGAGAACUUGGAGAGGCUGGUGCUUGGGAUACAGAGUGCCCUGGGGUUGUUGGUAGAGACUCUGACUGGGGUGCAUGGGGGGGCUAAAGAUGGAACCUUGCUCCCCCAGGUGAGCACAUUACCUAAAAAGACAGAGUCACCCUCAACACUGCUGGGCAAAGGCAAGCCAGGCGAGAAACCCUCAGGUUUGGUUGCAGCAGAAAAAGGAGAAGACAUGAGCAAAAAGGAAGGUAACAGCAAGCCUAGUGAUAAAGAAAGUAAGUUGCAGCCAAGCACAAAGGGUGUGCCACAGACGCACAGGAAAGGCUCUCUAAGUUUACCUGGAGGAGGUAAAGCCACAGGCUCUGGCCAGGCGGCUGUACAAGCUCAGAUCAAACUGCCUGAGAAGAAAGAGGCUCAUGGUCUGAUCAAAGCCAAGACCCAAACCCCUGCCCAGGCAGAAAAGCCUGCUGCUGGGAGACCCCAGACCUCUCCCCCAGGAGACAAAAGCCUCCUCAAGUCCAACAAGGUAGCCGAUACUGGAAGACAAGCACAGGCAGCAGUGGCAUCAUCAGCAUUGAACGCUGCUGCUUUCAAGACUGGAGAAAGUAAAUCACAGGAGACGAAGAAUAAAGCCGUGGGGAAAGUGGAGUUCACAGAAGUAGCGAAGGACAGCAAAGAAGAUCAGCCGCUUUCCAAGCGGGAGGCCGUUAAAUCGAAGUACAGGAAGAAUACCGGGGAAUUCAACCCGAGUAAGAUCUGCCCACUGCUAAAUAAUCAGGGCCAACAAGCUGCUGGAGCUGCAGAGCACAUGAAUGCUGACACGGCACAUAAUGUUCAGAACAUGGUUUUUGUGAAGGUCAUGGAGAACCAGCUACUUAAACCACCUUUGACUGACGGCCCAGCUCUCAGGCAUGUGCAGAGCUGUCCUGUCUCCCUGCAGAGAGAUGAAAAUGAAAACAUGCUUGGAGACAGUUGGGUUGGAGGAAAAAAUAAAACUCUGUUGGCCUCUAAAACCUUAUCACCUGCAAACAAACAGGAGCUGCCCCCGCAGGACUCAAAAUGCCCGGCGCCUUCAAGCAAAGACUCACGCAGGAAUUCUGACACCUCAAGAAGGGCCAGACCUGCUGCUACAGCUGCCAGCACAGAGAAUCAAAGUGUAGCCCCCUCCCUCAUAAGCAUCAGAGUCAGCCCUGCAGAAAGCAACGGGAAUACCGCCAGUCAACCCCCAGAACCUCAGACGUGUUUCAAAAUGAUAGAUGACAGUUCUCCACAACCUGCCCCGUUUGCACAUCGCUUUGUGGCUCUGAGGCUAGCCUUGCCCUCCACUUUCUUCAACAUCAAUACCAAGGAGGUAUUGGGAGGCGGAAGGUUUGGCCAGGUGCACAGGUGCACGGAGAAAACUUCUGGAUUAAAGCUUGCUGCUAAAAUCAUCAAAGUCCGAAAUCCCAAAGAAAAGGAAGUGGUGCGUAACGAGGUGCAGGUGAUGAACCAGCUGAGCCAUGCCAAUGUGAUCCAGCUGUACGACGCCUUCGAGGGCAAGAACGAAGUGGUGCUCGUCAUGGAGUAUGUGGACGGAGGAGAGCUCUUCGAGAGGAUCAUUGAUGAUAACUACCACCUGACGGAGGUGGACGCCAUGGUCUUUGUGAAGCAAAUCUGUGAGGGAAUCCACUACAUGCAUCAGAUGUACGUCCUGCACUUGGACUUGAAGCCUGAGAAUAUCCUGUGUGUGAACCGGACAGGUCACCAGGUGAAAAUCAUUGACUUUGGGCUGGCCAGGAGGUACAAGCCCAGAGAGAAGCUGAGGGUCUCUUUUGGGACCCCCGAAUUCCUGGCUCCCGAGAUUGUGAACUUUGAUUUUGUGUCUUUCCCGACGGACAUGUGGUCGCUGGGUGUCAUUUCAUACAUGCUGUUGAGUGGCCUCUCUCCAUUCCUCGGAGACGAUGACAGUCAGACCCUCAACAACGUGCUGGCUGUUAACUGGUACUUCGACGAGGAAGCCUUCGAGCACGUCUCAGAGGAGGGACGGGACUUCAUCUCCAACCUGCUCAUCAAGGAGAAGAGCGGGCGUCACAGUGCAGCACAGUGUCUGAAGCAUCCCUGGUUAAACAAUAUAGGGGAGAAAGCCAUGCACAGCAACAUCUGCCUCAAAUCACAGAUCUUGCUCAGGAAGUACAUGGCAAGGAGGCUCUGGAAGAAGAACUACAUUGCUGUUGCUGCUGCAAACCGAUUUAAGAAGAUAAGCAGAUCCGGGUCGCUAAACACGCUGGGAGUCUGAGCCCUGAAUCAGGAACACCAACCACAGACAUUGUGGUGUAGAAACCCCCCACCAAUGAACUCCAGCCACAGCUCUGAGUGAAGAGACACAGUUUGUAAGGGAAAGGGGGACAGUAGGAAAUAACUGAUGAUGAAUUAUGGUGUCACUUUUUAGGCAGCUGCUCCAAACUAUAUUACUGUAUUAGUCCUAAACACCUACUGGACAAUAACAGAACUAUGGGGUCUGUGGACCUACAGCCUCCCUUCACUUUCAGAAAGUUUCAUUGACCCUAGUAUUGAGUCGAUUGAAAGCAUUCUAUGAGCUGGAAUACUGUGAUUUUAUUGUUGGCUUUUGAUUACACUAUGUAACACAAUUUUUGUUCCUGGGUAGUAAGUGUUAUUUCCUAAUUGCUUAUGCUUCAAAAGU